CCACCAAUUGCCCGCCACCACACCACUCUCCCGCAUCUCCAACCCCUCACAACCGCAAUCAUGGUCGUCAUGUAUCAAAUCGCAGGCCGCCAGGUCGGAUCGCACGUCCUUGCAAUGGCAACCCUCGGCACGUUUUUCGUAGGCUCGUGGGCCGCGACGGGCGGCUCGAAGAAGUCGGCUGAACAGGGCCCGCCUAUCUCGGCUGGCAGCAAGGACGAGGAGAAGUUUAUACAGGACUUCCUGAAAUCGGCAGAAGCGGAGGAGAAGAAAGCGGCACACUAGAGAUUACAUUGGACCAUCACCGGGACUGGCAGAUAUCACGGAGCGGAGUCGUGAAUGCAUGACCGAAGGACAGUCGGAGGACGAGAGCAUCUAGGAUUUCUAUCGGCUGCCGAGUUGUAAAACCUGUAGAUACAGCGCCAAUUGUACCAACAACUGCUCUCGUUUGGUUGCAUUUCGGGUUACUUUGAUCUGGGAUUCGGUGAUUGGAUGAAGGUAGUUCAAGUGAUGUUUCUAACUAAAGUAAUAAGCAACGAAAGAGGAUAUCAAAACUUGACAUAAGAACAUGGC